CAUCCCAGCAUCUUCAUUGACUUUAAAAGUAUAUUCUGGAGUCUUCUGUGGUUCACUAUUCCGGAGCUACAGAGAGUCUUUCUAUAUUACAUGGCAGGAGGGGUGGGCAGACUUGGGGAUUGUGAAGAGUCUUCCUUGUAUCUCAGAACUCAUCGUCAAUAAAAAUGGCAGAUAGAGUUGACUGGUUACAAAGCCAAAAUGGUGUAUGCAAAGUUGAUGUCUAUUCACCUGGAGACAACCAACGCCCGGACUGGAAAUUGGAUGAAUCAACAGAUCCUGUCCGAGUGCUCAGCUGGCUCCGCAGAGACCUGGAGAAGAGUACAGCAGGGUUCCAGGACUCAAGGUUCAAGCCUGGAGAGUCAUCAUUUGGGGAGGAAAUGGCUAUCCCAGGAGACCCACGCAAAGCUUUCUGUGUCGACUAUUACAAUACCACCAACAAGGGCAGUCCAGGGAGAUUGCAUUUUGAGGUGACUCACAAGGAGAACCCUUGCCAGGGCCCUAACGCCCAAGUUGGUAAUUCAAGUUCCAUAGAUGAAGUUUCCUUCUAUGCCAACCGCCUCACAAACCUAGUGAUAGCCAUGGCCCGAAAGGAGAUCAAUGAGAAGAUCCAUGGCACCGAAAACAAAUGUGUCCAUCAGUCAUUCUAUAUGGGGGAUGAGCCCACACCCCACAAAACCUUGAGUUCAGUAGCCUCCGAGCUGGUGAAUGAGACAGUCUCUGCAUGUUCCAAGAACAGCACCGGUGACAAAGCUCCCGGCUCUGGAGACAGAGCCCUGGGGUCAGCACAGAACCUUGGCCUACGAUACAAAAGCACUCUGAAGAUCAAGGAGAGCACCAAGGAUGUCAAGUCUCCAAAUGACAAGCCUUGCUCUAAGAAGUCUUUCUUCUAUAAGGAAGUGUUUGAAUCUCGGAAUGCAGGCGAUGCCAAGGAGGGUGGAAGGUCCUUACCUGGAGACAGAAAGCUGUUCAAGAGCCCUCAGAACAGGCCUGAUGACUUUACAAACUCUGUCAGUCAAGGGAUCAUGACCUAUGCCAACAGUGUUGUGUCCGACAUGAUGGUCUCCAUCAUGAAGACCCUGAGGAUCCAGGUGAAAGACACAACCAUUGCCACCAUUCUGCUAAAGAAGGUGUUGAUCAAGCAUGCUAAGGAGGUCGUCUCUGACCUCAUCGACUCCUUCAUGAAGAACCUCCACAAUGUCACAGGGAGCCUCAUGACUGACACAGACUUUGUCUCAGCCGUGAAACGAAGUCUUUUUUCUCAUGGAAGCCAAAAAGCCACAGAUAUCAUGGAUGCCAUGCUGGGCAAGCUAUACAAUGUGAUGUUUGCCAAGAAAUUCCCCGAGAACAUCAGGAAGGCCAGGGACAAGUCUGAGACCUACUCCCUUGUCUCCAUGAAAUCACGGGCUGGCGACCCUAGGCACCCAAACAUGAACUUUGCGAUGAAAUCGGAAUCAAAAAUGAGAGAAAAUUUGUUUUCUACAUGCAAGCCAGAGAAAGAGAAAACGUGUGCCGAGACGCUGGGUGAGCAUAUCAUUAAGGAGGGACUGACCAUGUGGCACAAGUCUCAGCAUAAAGAGUGUAAAUCUCCGAGCUUGGAUCAAGCUUCAAAACAGGGGAGCACUCAGCAAGAGAUUUCCUUUGAGUGUUCAGAGCGCUGUGAAUCAAACCCUACUCCACAGCAGCCAGAGAGUUUUGAAUACUUUAUGUGUGAAUCAGACUCCUGGGCCAAGGACCUGAUUGUAUCUGCCCUGCUUCUGAUUCAGUACCACCUGGCCCAGGGUGGAAGAAUGGAUGCUCAGAGCUUCCUGGAAGCUGCUGCCAGCACCAACUUUCCCGCCGCCAAGCCUCCUGUAGUUCACGAUGAGUCCAAGCUUAAAACUGCCCAUAAGAUAUGCGACCAAGAACAGUCCGAAAAGAAGGACCUGAUGAGUGUCAUCUUCAACUUUAUCCGGAACUUACUCAGUGAGACCAUUUUCAAGGGUAGCCGUAACUGUGAGCCCAAGGGGCAUGAGCAGAACACUAAGGAAGAAGAGACCAAUCUGUGUGAAAGUCCUGUGUCCCCUCCUGUCCCAAAAUGUUGUGAGGAUGAGGAGACCACUUGUGAUUCCUUAUCUGGCAUAACCAAGAUGGUGGCCAACCAGCUAGAUUGCAAUGUAAAUGGGCAGAUGGUGGAGCACCUGAUGGAUUCCGUGAUGAAGUUAUGCCUCAUUAUUGCCAAGUCCUGUGACUCUCCCUUGUCAGAACUGGGAGAUGAAAAGUGUGGGGAUGCCUGCAGGCCCAAUUCUGCCUUCCCAGAUAACUUAUAUGAAUGCUUACCAGUCAAGGGCACGGGGACAGCCGAAGCCCUCCUGCAGAAUGCCUAUCAAGCCAUCCACAAUGAGCUGAGAGGUUUGUCAGGACAGCCAGCUGAGGGGUGUGAAAUCCCCAAGGUGAUCGUCAGCAACCACAAUCUGGCUGACACCGUUCAGAACAAACAGCUGCAAGCUGUUCUGCAGUGGGUGGCUGCCUCGGAGCUGAAUGUCCCUAUUUUGUACUUUGCUGGUGAUGAUGAAGGAAUCCAGGAGAAGCUGCUUCAGCUCUCAGCCACCGCUGUGGAGAAAGGCCGCAGCGUCGGGGAGGUUCUGCAGUCGGUGCUGAGGUAUGAGAAGGAGCGACAGCUGGAUGAGGCGGUGGGAAACGUCACGCGGCUGCAGCUGCUGGACUGGCUGAUGGCAAACCUGUGAAUUGGGGCCCGACCACUGUUCCAGCGAUGGGCCAUGUUCCUAUUCCCUCAGCUCCCCUCCCCGCCUCACAGAGCCCUAAAGUUCCCUUCACACCACCCACACCAGAAGCACCAUCUAACGCUAGUCACUGGAUUUUGCAGAUUUUCUUGUCCAUGCGAGCAAGGACGAAAAUUAAAAGAUUACAGUUA